CAUCAUCUAGUAAAUACUCGAUUACAUUCUGAGGCAGUGGAAGAAUCAGACUGGAAGAAGAAACAUGACAUCACAGAUGAGAUAAAACUGGACGUUUGCGGUACCCGGAAGUGGUGGCAGAGUGACUCCUCUCUGCUUCUUUCCAAUCUCUACUACUACCACUGCUGCAUCGACUGGCUCCAAGCGAACUGGCUCCUCUCUUCGACUGAAGCGUCCUCACUCGACCUUCCUCCACGUUUUUCAGUCGUCCCGAUCGUGAAGAUGAGCAACUCCGAGGAACCCAAAGCGACCACUACUCCUUACGUAGUGAAGGAAGAGAUCGUGGCAGCAGGGAAAUGGGUGAAGCUGGAGAAGACCACAUACGUGGACCGUGCUGGAAGCACCAGAGUCUGGGACACAGUGAAAAGGACAACGAGGCAAAUCAACACCGAAGCAGACGGUGUUGGGAUUAUCGCCCUGUUGAAGCGGACGCUCCACAAGGACUGCGUGGUGAUGGUGAAGCAGUUUCGACCUCCCAUGGGAUGCCACACUCUGGAGUUUCCUGCAGGGUUGAUCGACGAGGGGGAAAGUGCGGAGGCGGCUGCAUUGAGGGAGCUGAAAGAAGAAACCGGCUACAAAGGGGAAGUAGUGGGAGUCACUCCAGUGACCUGCAUAGACCCCGGUCUGUCUAACUGCACCACCCAGAUAGUCAUGGUCAACAUCAACGGAGACGAGGGGGAGAAUAUCAACCCAACGCAGCAGCUGGGCGAUGGAGAAUUUGUUGAAGUCCUUCUCCUACCGCUUGAUGAAUUCCAGGUGAAAAUAGAUGAUCUGCUGAAGAAAGAAAAAACCGUGGUGGACGCCAAAGUGUACAUCUUCGCCAUGGGGAUGGUUCAGGCCUUCUUUAAGCCGAGGGAGCUCCCCGUCCUGAAGCAGUGAAGGGAAGCGUUCAUGAGAGAAGGAGGAGGGCUCAGUACACAGGCCUGGAAAUAUGAUAAUAUGCAUUGGAAAAGAAAAAAAAAGGCCUUCCAAAUUGUAAUAAGAAAUGAUGUGAAAAGUUGUUGUGGUUUUAGAUGCCAUGUAACCUCGGGUUUUAACAUCCAAUUCUAUGAUGUAUUAUGGCCAUUCAUAGAGCAAAAUGAAAGAUGGAAGAUACCAUUACAACUGUGUGUGUUAAACAUACCGGGCAAAAAAAAAAUGUCAUUAUGAAAUGGAAGUCUGAAAGAAGCUUUGGAUUUGGGAAGUGAACCUACGAAGGAGCUCUGUUUACGUGUACUGGCCCACUUUUUGGUUGUCAGCGUGGAGGUCCGACCGAACACACUGAAACUUGCUCUGGUGGGGCCAAUUGUUUAAUCGUUUGCACACUUAACACGGAAUAUGUUCCAGCCUUUAGUCUCCAACGACUAAUAACUUCCAGGUUUCUACAUGUAGCUUGAUGACACGCAAUUUGUAUCGAGUGAUCAGAAAAACAUUCCCAACGUGCCGUUUUGUCGCCUUGAUGGGAGGAACCAAUUCUCCUCCAAACACUUUUCCUGUUUAGAAAAGCUAUUGCCGAAGUUUCAAAGCAAUUCUCGCUUCAUUUAGUUCAUCUUUUUCUCGUGGAUACCUUGAAGCACGCAUACUCGUUCUGGAUUUCUUUUGUCCAAAGGCAUCCUGGGAACUGAAGAAACACUCACUUUUAGAGGAAGUAGUCAGUCCCUUAGUUACAAAAUAACCCAUGCCUUGUGAUAAUAGUCACAAGUAGUAUUUGUUUGAUGUACUAACAAAAUUGUGGGGGGUGGGGGUGUUCUUGUGUAACUUCACUGUAACAGAUGCUGUCGCGACAAGGGCAGGGGCUGAUUAGUAGGAAAUAAUUCAUGCUGUGCCUCCAACCUCGCGGUGCAAUUAACAGGACAUUGAUGCUGUACUCGCAACUAGAAAUUACGGACCAAUUAAUAAAUGUGAUACUAACUUUGCCUUCCCCAUCGUCGUCUGUGUCUCACACUGACUUCAGCACCAACUGAGGAAGUGAUGGAAGGGAAAGUACUUCCUGAGCGUAGUAGUAGUAUGACGUCAGGUCCUAUAAAUAGCUUUAUAAAAGGGCCAAUGCUCUGUUGUGAAUUGUGACUUCCAGGCACAAGGAGGCCUGGAAGUGUGUUUGGAUGAAUGCACCUGUCUCUUUCAUUUUUUAAAUAAUGAACACAUUUAAAGACACGUUUUUUUUAAACGGUAAACCCUAAUGGGUAUUAAAUGUUUAACUCUC